ACCCGCCCGAGCCUGAGCGAGGGCGGACGCCGGCUUCUCGGCUCCUGCCCAGAGCAGCUGCGUCAGGUGGCCAGAUCCAACGCCCCGGCAGCGGCUGCUUCCAACAGCGGCCUGUCCUUGUCCUGAACUCUCGGAGGCGGAGCUGCCAAAUAAAUCCCAGCGGGGCAGGCGGCGCUUCUGACCCGGGGGAGGAGCUGAGGGCAGUUUGCGGCAGAUUCCCGGACACGUAGUUAAUAUUUGGGCAGCCCACAUCUCCCUUGUAGAGUCUUCACUUAAACGUGGGAUUAGAGCCGCUAAAGGUCCAAGACCAUGGCGAUGAACCUUCUGGAGGAUUGGUGCCGGGGGAUGGAAGUCGACAUCCACAGGUCCCUCUUGGUCGUAGGCAUCCCAGAGGACUGUGGACAAGCAGAAAUUGAGGAGACCUUGAAUAGAGUUCUCUCUCCACUGGGCUCGUACCGCGUGCUCAACAAGAUUUUUUUGAGGGAGGAAAAUAGCAAAGCUGCCCUGAUCGAGGUCGGUGAGGGUGUGAAUCUCAGCGCCAUACCUCGGGAAUUCCCAGGAAGAGGCGGUGCCUGGAGAGUGGUCUGUAGAGACCCCACCCAGGAUGCUGAGUUUUUAAAAAACCUCAAUGAAUUCCUGGAUGCUGAGGGGCGCACCUGGGAGGAUGUGGUCCGCCUGCUCCAGCUUAACCACCCACCGCCAUCCCAGAACCAGAAUCAACCCUCACAGAACUGGGCAGAAUCUUUGGGUGCGCUCCUGGGAGCAGUAGUGCAAAUCAUCUUUUACAUGGAUGCUGAGAUCCGCAAUAGGGAGGAAGCUAGGGCUCGGGAGGCUGUUGAGUUUGAAGACGCAGAAGGCUGGGUUUUAACAACGGGAAAGACCGUAAAGAAGGAGCCAGGGCUGGUUGCAGAAGUGGGCUCUGCCUUGAAGAUGGAGAGCCCCAACAACUGGAACGAGGUGGAAAACCAGGAUGACCCUCCCAAACCUUUGGUUCGAAAGGCUGGAGCUAAAACCCGCUCUAGGAGAAAGAAGCAGAGAAAAAAUCCCAAGCCAGAACCAGUGCCCUGGAAAAAACCCAAAGGCAACCAUUCCAGCAGCGCAGCCUGCUUGGAGGAUCCUGUGGCUGGCGAUGCUGAAGGCAUGGAGAUUUCAGAAUCUACCAAGAGCAACCAAAAGCCCUGUGUAAAGCAGGAAGAGAUGGCUUUGAAGAAGCCUAUGACAAAAUGUGCCUGGAAGACUCCCAGAGCUCCACCUCGGGAGGCCUCAGCAGAAGCUGAGAGCCUUGGUGGGGCCUCUGAGUCAGACCACGAUGGCGGUCAGGAGAGCACCCGGAAGAAGAAGGCAGUGGGCUGGGCCUCAGCAAAGAAUCCUGCCCCCAUGAGGAAGAAGAAGAAGGUGAGCUUGGGCUCUGUCUCUUAUGUCCUUGUCAACUCAGAAGAUGCCAAGAAGAAGCCGGUGAUUCCAAAGAAGGGGCCAGGCUCAAGAAGGGAUGCAUCAGUUCAGAAGGCCUCUCGCAGCUCGAGGCCCACUGAGUCACCAGCCUCAACAUCCAGGGGACCGAAGUCAAAGUCAGAAGGCUCUCCUCAUGAGGACACCAAUGAAUCCAGAAAGCUUUGAUUUGAGGGACUCCCGUUCCUGAAGAGUUGAAAGAAGACCAAUGAAGAAGUUCUAAGUCAGGAGCCAAGUUUUCUCUGUGUCAUUGGAUAAAACAAGACUUUUGACUCUUUUAGGGAACCGGUUUGUAGAAAGGUAAAUAAUAGGAGAGAUCUUAGAUGGGAGGGUGUGGGAGGUUAUAGCUCUAUGCCCUUCUCUAUCAAGCGUGCUUUGUCACCUCCUCAACUUACCUUCAGAGGCAGGAGAGUUGGUAAUCAGAUUGGGAAAUUUCUAGAACAUCCAUUCACCUUUAUACAUAGGGUCACUGUUAGUAUUCAUCCAUGUUCACCCUUUCUUCCCAAUUCCCUUCUUCCUCCUUGGGAUGGCCAGUGACUUUUGCAGGGCCUAGGAUUUUGAAAAGCCAGGCAGCCAUUUUCUCCUAGCCACUCCUGCCACCAGCGGGUUAAGUUAAGCCAGAACCUUUGAUAAAGACCUGGCUUUCUUGCUCCUUCCGUCUUCACAUUCCAUCCUCUCGUUAUCUAGCCAGAAGGUUUUAGGAGAAAAGAAUGUCUGCUUAGGUAUUAAAGUAUUUGAGUUUUAGAGUUUGUUAACAAAAAUGGCACUUUGAUUCCCAUUUGGGGUGAGCCUCUCAGGAAACCUCUAGGGAAGAGGGAUGAUUGGUAGGGAAGGACUUGGGCAUUCCUAUGUUUCUGGCUCUGUAGCUUUGACUCCAUCCGGUACAUCCUCCCACCCAACCAUCACCAUCUUUAAAGUUUAAGACCAUGUCUUCUUAUAGUAAAAGGGAAAAAAAUAUUUAAAAAAUCAGCUGUUAAUUUGUACCCUUUGAAUUUAGACACUAAGACCAGACUACCAUGUCUUAUGUGUGUGCAUGUGUAGGGGAGAGGGCAGGAACCCUGAGAUCAGUGGUUUCCAAACUGUGUCCUGGGGAGUCCCCAAGGCAUCCACAAGAUGUAAUCCAAAUCUAUUUUUUUUCAUGUGCUUCUAAAAACAGCGAAAAAGUGACUACUCAGAAAUAUAAACCAAGCCAGUCACAUUGAAGACUAUCAGAAUAUUACCUUGUGUUCAUGUGUUAAUUUGUUUCUCUACAGAUCUCGAGUUAAUUGUUUUUGUAUAUUGAAUUUCUUGUAAAUGUGAGUUUGAUAAGGGAGAAGUGGACGAAAUCCAGGCCUGUGCAUGUGCUAUAUAAUGUGACACUCCUGAAGAGAUGUUUCCUUUUGUAAUUCACACACUCUCAUCAGUUGUGAUGCUUCAGUUAUGUGACAGCAAGUAAAUGUAUUAACAUGGCACAUAGUAAUAAUAUAUUCUGUCAGAGUUUUAGCCUUUGUAAGUUUUUGGAGUAUCUUUUCUGACCUCAGUUUUUGUGAGAAAGAAUGUGAACACAGUUGUUGGUUGUUAUUAGUGAUUCAACUUUAAAACAGAUUCCUUGUGAUGAUUUAUUUCAAAAAUUGAAUGAGUCUCAUUGAAGAUGCAGCAUCUUUCCAUUUGCAGCUAUUGGUGUGUGUGUGUGCAUCAAGGUUUUCCUGGGUGUGAGCAAGACAGAAGCCAGGAGUGAAUUGGACUUUGAAGCUGCUGAGAGCCUGCAACUGUCCAGCUCCUGGUUUGAAAAAUCAUAUCUGUUAGGGCUUCAUUGUGUUACCAGAUCCACACCAUGAUUAUUAAAUGUAAGUGUACACAUACAAAAUAAAGUUU